AUGCAAGUGAGUCAAGGCCUGCUGGCAAACUUCGGUGCCCAGAAGACUAUGGCUGGAGCUCGAAAAGUCAAGUGUGACGAAGGCAAGCCUUCAUGUCUACGAUGUCUAAAGUCUGGUCGCAGUUGUGAUGGCUACCUUGACCCGAGUGUCAUGACCUCGCGCCGCAAGUCAAACAAGAACAGACUAUCAGAUAUCGGCGGUCCUUCAUCUCCCUUGUCGACACUCCUCGAUGGCGCAAUGCCUGAGGAGAAGCGUUCUUUUCACUUCUUCCAGCAUGUCACCGCUCCAAACCUCGCAGGAGAUCUCGAUGCCAACUUUUGGAAGGUUCUGGUCUUGCAGGUUUGCCAAACCGAGCCAGCCGUACGCCACGCCGUGUUGGCUGUAAGCGGCCUGCACGAGUAUUUUGCAUACAAACGCGCCCACUCGACCUUGCAAUAUGCAGGGCGUUCCAUUACAACAGAACAACAAUUGGCUUCUGAGACGCAGCACUCGUUUGCACUUCACCAGUACAACAAGGCAAUCGCAUGUCUCAUCGGCCAAAUGAAAGAUACAACAUCCAGACCGCUGGCGCCCUUACUGACCUGUGUCCUGUUUGUCUGCCUCGAAUUCAUGCACGGCAAAGACAAAGAAUCACUGAUUCAUCUGGAGCAAGGACGACAGCUGCUCAGCAAGCUUGACCAGCGGGCCGACUCGAAAGAUCCCGAAAUCGACAUUGUCAAGCGUCAUCUCGUACCCCUAUACCUCCGGCUCAGCUUGACCGCAUUCCUGUUUGGCGGCAAGCCUGUGCCAAUACCGCAGAGUUUAAAAUCGCUCAAGGAAGUCCCCGCAAUGUUUGAGUCGGUACAGGAAAUACGCUUCUCGCUAUAUGAUUUUAUAGAUGAGGUGCUACGCUAUUUGCAGAGGGCAAGGGUGGCAAGAUACGACCCAGGCACGACACCACACACUCUUGCGGAGCUUGAGCGAGAAAAUGAGGACCUGCUUCAGCGGUUGAGCAAGCUUAGCGUGGCCUUCGCAUUGUACCAGGCCAGCAAGCCUUCGCAAGUCAGCGAAGUUAACGCGGCCGUAUUCCAGAUGUACCUACACAUCAUGACGAUAUGGGUUUCGACGGCGCUGAGCAACACUGAAGCCUGCUUCGAUGAGCACCUUUCAUCCUUUUCCGCCAUAAUACCCCAUGCCGCCACCAUCCUCAACCACUCGGACCAACCAUCCCCCGAGCUCUCUCUCCUCAGCAGGAAUAGGUUGAUGAUGCAGGAACGACAGGGAGAAGAAGGCUUACCGAAGCGCCAGAAUUGCAUGUUCACCUUUGAGACAUAUGUCAUCCCCGUUCUCUACUACGUCGCAACCAAGUGCCGACAUCCGUUAAUACGGCACUCGGCCCUCGACCUUUUGAAACAGAACCCUAAUAGGAGGGAAAACCUGUGGCACGCCAAGAAGAUGGCUGCCAUCGCAGAGCAUGUCGUCCGGGUCGAGGAGAAGUCGGCAGCAGAGAGUGAGCCGGGAUCUCCCAUCAGCCAACAUCCGCUCGAGAAUGGAUCCGAUCCCUUCACGCCGUUUCAUCCACCUGUGCUGCUAGUGCCCAGAGAUGACGGCUCCCAGACGUCCGAGUCGGUCGUGGGCUACGCAGAUAUGAUCUCACCAACCGACUCAUUUGUUCCGGCUCAGCUAUUACCCGCCGGCCUGGAAUCAUCCUCUCCUGUCAGCGACGACUACACGUGCCAGGACGUGAGCAACAACUACCCCCAGCGACAGCAGCAAUCCGUGAUUCAAAUGCAAAGCAGAGCCAUGAUGGGUUUCGACAGACCCACUGUUCUCGUUGACCCGAGCAUGAUGCCCGCCCUAAGGGUCGAUGCAGACAACGCCUUCAGCACGGAGCCGUCAUACAUGUCCCAAGGGGAAGCGGCCGUCCUCGCAGGCUUCGACGCCAGCAGCAGCGCGACCGACGCGCUUCGCUUCCUGGCCCCGGCGCAACAACAACACCCAACGACGCAGCACCUCCACAGCCUACCUCCUUCCCGAACCCCCUCCGUCGUCAGUCGCGGGAGCCACAGCCAAGCCGAGGACUGGCCAUACGGCUACUAUGAACGGUACCGCCCGCAGCAACGGACGGUAUCGACGUCGAGCGGCUCCGACUCGUCUGGCGGCUCGCCCGAGACGCAGGCCCUGCUUCGUUUCGAGUCGGCAACCAUGGCCGCAGGACUAGGUCACUACGGCGGCUACCGGCAGAGUUAUCCGCAACGGAGUCAGCCGGCGGCGGCGAGGGCUCGGCACUUUGGCAGCCUGCAGGCGCCUUUUGACAUACCGGAGCACAUGCGCGUCCACGACGUCAUCAUCAACCCGGAGAAGGACGACGGGAGCUGGCUCACUGUCUUUCGGAAGCUCCACGGCCCAGCGGCAGAGUGGGAUGUGGCCACGGAGCUUAUAGUGGCGUGACGGUGGGAUUGUUACUAUAAUGGUCUUGUUUUGGGUUUUAUGUCUUUAUGUUUAUACAUUUUGUUGCAUACCUGUGAUGAAGCGGGAACAUGUCUUGGCGGAAAUACUUAUCAAGAACACCCAGGACUGUGACUUUUGUCGCUUUGUUUGUACAACAUGAUUAAAUUCUAUUGUAAAAGUAAAUACCAUCAAGACGUCCAUCA